AUGGCGUACCGCCAGAACCACGAUCCUUACUACGGGGCUCAGCAACAGAACUACUCCCACCCAGGUCACGGAACCACGGGACAGAAUGACUACUACGCCGAUAACCAGGCUUAUCAUCAACAGAACUACGACACGCAGUCGAACUGGGAUUCGAAGUCUACGAAAUCGUACAAUAGCUAUGCUGCCAGCUCGCAAGCGCAUCUGAACCCGUACGAGAUGAGCCAGGUGCCUUCGCACCACGCCCCGCCGGUCCCUACUAUGCCAUACCAACCAAACUACCCCCCAGUGCAACCCCGACCAGGUAUCUACCGUGACCAGAGUACCGCCGGCUACUCUGUUGCUCGCGAGAAGAUGAUGAAGAGACGUUCGGUCCGACAAAUCGAGCUCUACCAAGGAAAUCUUGUCAUUGACGUCGAUGUCCCCUCGACUAUCGUGCCAGCAGGCAAGCAAGACAUUGAAGAAUUUUCCAAGAUGCGAUACACCGCCGCCACAUGCGACCCCGACGACUUCUUGCGGUCCCGGUACUCCCUUCGCCCAUACCUUGCUGGAAGACAAACCGAACUGUUUAUCGUGAUGACUAUGUACAACGAGGAUGAAGUUCUGUUCACCCGCACCAUGAAUUCCGUCAUCAAGAACAUCGCCCACCUAUGCAGUAGGUCGAAGUCCAAGAUGUGGGGUUCGGAGGGAUGGAAGAAGGUUGUUGUCUGCGUCGUAUCAGAUGGUCGCAGCAAGAUCAACAAGCGGACUCUGCAAGUCCUGACCGUGAUGGGAUGCUAUCAAGAAGGCAUUGCUAAGGACUCCGUUGGCGGAAAGGAUGUUACUGCCCACAUCUUCGAAUACACCUCUUCCGUUGUUGUCACAGAGAAGGGCGAGGUCUCGCAGGGUGUUUGUCCCGUCCAGAUCCUUUUCUGCUUGAAGGAACAGAACAAGAAGAAGCUCAACAGUCAUCGUUGGUUCUUCAAUGCAUUCGGUCCUUUGAUCAAGCCCAACGUCUGCAUCCUCCUUGAUGUCGGAACCAAGCCCACUGGAACGUCUAUCUACGAACUGUGGAAAUGUUUCGACAAGCACUCAAAUGUCGGAGGCGCUUGCGGAGAGAUUUGCGUCGACACUGGCCGUGCUUGCUCUCUCCUCCUCACCAGUCCCCUCGCCGCAUCUCAGAACUUCGAGUACAAGAUGUCCAACAUCCUCGACAAACCUCUUGAGAGUGUGUUCGGCUAUAUCAGCGUUCUGCCGGGUGCCUUCAGUGCCUACCGAUACAAGGCCUUGCUCAACGGCCCCAACGGGAAGGGCCCGCUAGCUUCAUAUUUCAAGGGUGAAACCAUGCACGGUGGUAAUAGCAACGCAGGCCUAUUCGAGCGAAACAUGUACCUCGCCGAGGACCGUAUCCUUUGCUUCGAAAUCGUCACUAAGAAGAACGAAGGAUGGGUUCUCAAAUACGUCAAGAGUGCCAAGGCCUCCACCGAUGUUCCCACUUCCGUCCCCGAAUUCAUCUCACAACGUCGCCGCUGGCUCAACGGCUCCCUAUUCGCCUCCAUCCACGCUACUGUUUUCUUCUGGAGGAUAUGGACCUCGGGCCAAGGAUUCUUCCGGAAGAUCUUCCUCCAACUCGAGUUCAUAUACAAUGCGGUGCAAUUACUCUUCACUUGGACUUCGCUAGCGAAUUUCUAUCUUGCUUUCUUCUUCUUGGUUUCAUCGGCAACGGCAGAUUCGAAAACAGACGCGUUCAACUUCCUGAGUAAUGGUGCCGGCAAGGCCGUCUUCGAGGUGUUCCUCAAGCUCUACAUCGCGCUCCUCUUCGUAGUCACUGUCUGUUCUCUCGGUAACCGUCCUCAAGGUUCGAAAUGGACAUACACGCUUGCGAUUGUUCUGUUCGGAUUGUGUAACGUGAUCACGUUGUGGUGUGCUGGAUUUACCGUGUAUCUCGCAGUUCCGAAGACGAUAGAGGAAUGGAAAGACUUCCCUACCCUUGUUCAGAACAACUCGACCUUCAGAGAGAUCGUCAUCUCACUCGCGGCAACCUAUGGCUUGUACUUCAUCAGCUCGUUCAUGCACUUUGAGCCAUACCAUAUGUUCACAUCGUUCAUCCAAUAUAUGUUCCUCCUACCAAGUUAUGUUAAUAUCUUGAUGAUGUACGCGAUGUGCAAUCUCCACGAUGUUACCUGGGGUACCAAGGGUGACAAUGGUUCGGCUAAAGACCUCGGAGGCGCCAAGAAAGUGAAGAACGAUGACGGCAAAGAGUUCAUGGAAGUCGAGCUACCAACGGCAAGGGAAGAUGUCGACUCGCUUUGGGCUGCCUCCCGCAGUGCACUGCGAGUUGUACCUCCCGAGGAGAAGGAACAUCGUGACGCCGCCACCAAGCAGGCCGACCACGAUCGUAACAGCCGUACCAACGUCGUUCUGGCUUGGGUUGGAUCUAACAUGGCCAUGAUCGUCGUCUUCACGUCAACAGCUUUCACCGACUGGGUGGCGCAGAACUUCUCGAAAUCAACCGACGCCAACUUCAAUCCGUAUCUGACAUUCCUAUUCUGGGCACUUGCUGGCUUGUCAGCAGUCCGAUUCAUGGGCUCCUUCCUCUAUCUCCUCUUCAGGCUAGUUGGCUUAUAA